GUUUCUUUGUGGCCUGGGCGCAUCUGUAUGGCGGCGGCUGCUGUCGGGACGCGCGUCAGCUGAUGGACACACAACACACAACUAAACUAAACAUUUCAUCUCAACAUUGUCCACAGCUUCACACGUGUGCAUCUGUCAGCGUUACCAUGUUUGAAAGGUGUGAAUAGCCUUUUCUAGUCUCUUACAUUUAAUCACAUCACAACUCUUGUGAGAACGGUGGCAUUACAGUUGAGCAUGGAGCAGAUCAGAGCGGAGAGCCCUCAAUUACAGUCUGUACGAUCUGAAGUCGAUGAAGGAAACACUGGAACCAGCACAAGAAGAAAGAGGAGAAAGCGUGAACCUCGCCCAGAGUCCAUCAUCGUGUACCGCUGUGAUGCAGGUGGAGACGAGCGUGAUGGAGACACGGAGGGUGCUGAGAGAUCCACUGAAGAAGGAGCUACGUUUCUCAACAACCCCACUCAUGAAGGCUGGAAUCUACCUCCAGAUAGUCGCUACGUGACGCUGACAGGAACCAUCACACGAGGAAAGAAGAAAGGUCAGAUGGUGGAUAUUCACAUGACGCUGACGGAGAAGGAGCUGCAGGAGAUGGCGAGGUCGAAGGAGCGGCUGAACGCCGAAUGUGAGGACCCACAGGGAUCGAGACGCCCGUGCGCUUUGGGAAUUUCUCAGGGUCCGCACAUCGUCCUGUGGAGUCUGUCUUGUGCUCCGGUGGUCUUCGUUCUGUCCUUCAUCACCUCUUUCUACUACGGAACUCUCACCUGGUACAACGUUUUCUUGGUGUACAAUGAGGAGAGGACGUUCUGUCACAAGAUCACCAUCUGUCCCUUCCUCAUCGUCUUUUACCCCGUGCUCAUCGUGCCGCUGGCGCUGUCGUUGGGUCUGUACUCGGCCGUGGUGCAGGUGUCCUGGGCGUUCAGCGAGUGGUGGAUCUCGGUCAGGGAUCUGGAGAAGGGCUUCUGCGGGUGGGCUUGUGGGAAGCUCGGAUUGGAGGACUGCUCUCCCUACAGCGUCGUAGAGCUGCUGGAUUCAGACACCAUCUCUGGGAGUUUGCAGGGGAAACAUCUGCAGACGUCCUCUGUGUGACUUAAAAUGGAUUUUCUCAGUUGACAAAGGUCUGCUUGUUGGACCUGUUUUGGGCUUUUUGCUAUUAGUUUUGUGAGGACAAUAGAGAGAGAGAGACAUUAGCAAAAGAUGAGAAGAUAGGAGAGUGACCAAGACCCAGGACUGAUGUACUGUCUGUUUUGUACUAUUUGUACUUUUGCUGUCUUCUUAGAUAUCACAAUUUGGCCAAAUUGUAAAUCAGCGCUGCGAUGAAGAAAAUCUCAAAAUGUAUUCAGUGGAUUUCACUAAAACCUAUCCAAGGUCAUUGUUUAUAGUGUUGUUUUGUUAUGCUUAUUUAGUCUUUCCCUUAUCAAUACUGAUUUCUGUUGAAUCUAAAGUGUUUGAAACAAUGUUUCCAUAGCGAGACGUUUCUUAUUUUGCGUUUAACCUUUUGAAAUAUUUAUUCUCAACUCUUUUAUUGUAUUUAUUUGAACAGUGAUCUCGUGGAGGCCUUUUCCUGAAGGUAAAGAGCGUAUAGAAAUGAAGCUUUUUACAACCUUCUGUACAAUAAAGCCAUAAAUACUGCAAAUUAAUAAACUAACCCUGUGUGUGGUUGUGAGAAAUCUGUAUAUUCUUCCUUAGUUUUAUUUACUAUAUACUGACAAAUUGUGUGUGUGCUUGUGGAUGAAGGUAAACCAUUUUAAAAUGAAUUUUCAUGACUUUCAGAUUGUGUCGUGGAUGACAGAAGAUCAUUUGAAGUCGAUGCAUUUAAAUGCCUUGUUGGGACAUUUAUUUCGUUUUUAUUUCGUUUUUCAGUUUUUGUCUUUUACUGUCAUCAUACAGUGAUGUUUGUAAG